AUGUUCCUGUUGAUUAAGCAGACUCAGGAUGGAGAGAGGAAACAGCUGACUCAGCUACGAGACGUCCUGAAGGCGUCUCUACAGUCUGAGCAGAAAGAGGAUGUUCAGGCUAAACAGAGCGCAGGUUACAGCCUCCACCAGCUGCAGGGCAACAAGGCUCACGGCACCGAGUGCUCCGGAUUCCUCUACAAGAAAAGUGAGGGACUGAGGAAGGUGUGGCAGAAGAGGAAGUGUUCGGUGAAGAACGGCUUCCUGACCAUCUCCCACGGCACGGCUAACAGACCUCCAGCCAAACUCAACCUGCUCACCUGCCAGGUGAAGAGGAAUCCAGACGAGAAGAAGAGCUUCGACCUGUUCUCACACGACAGGACGUACCACUUCCAGGCCGAGGACGAAGCCGAGUGUCAGGUCUGGGUGUCUGUGCUGCAGAACAGCAAAGAGGAGGCGCUGAACAAAGCGUUUAAAGGCGACCAGGAUGAAGGAGAGAACAAUAUCGUGCAGGAGCUGACGAGAGCCAUCGUAGGAGAAGUGAAGAGGAUGAGCGGCAACGAUGGCUGCUGUGACUGUGGAGCGCAGGGUCCCACCUGGCUGUCCACCAACCUCGGGGUGCUGAUCUGUAUCGAGUGCUCGGGGAUCCACAGGGAGAUGGGGGUCCACUACUCCAGGAUCCAGAGUCUGGACCUGGACGUGCUGGGAACCUCCGAGCUGCUGUUGGCGAAGAACGUGGGAAACGCCAACUUUAACGAGAUCAUGGAGGCCGAUCUGUCGGCGCAGGACGUCACCAAACCCGACCCGACCAGUGACAUGCAGAUGAGGAAGGACUACAUCACGGCCAAGUACACGGAGAAGCGCUUCGCUCGGCGGCUUUGUGCCGACGCUGCGUCCAGACUGCGGGCUCUGUACGAGGCGGUGAGGACCAGAGACAUCCUGGCUCUGAUGCAGAUCUACGCCGAGGGCGUGGACCUGAGGGAGGCCAUCACACAGCCCAACGAACACGUACGAUAAGAUGCGUCUCCCCGUGUUCACGACGAUGCGACGGACGUUUUGAGGGUCAUUUACAGAAACAUUAAUAGUAGAAGUG